AGAGAAUAGAGAAUAAGUUUGCUUAUGUCAUGUAUCAAUUACCGGCAUUUAAGGAUGAACUGGAAUCGCAAAUACGCUGUGGCCCUUAUAACUGAGCCCAUGUCUCGUGACAGAUACAUUCAGUUGCGGAACUCAUUGAAGCUAGUAUAUGAUCUUGAUGUCACCGCUGAAGAAAGACAGACGGAUAAACUUUGGAAUGUUCGGUAUACUUUAGAUCGAAUUAUAAAAGGUUGUCACGCGCAAAAAAGAUAGAUAGCAUGAAAGAUAUCAAUCGAUGAAAUGAUUAUCCAUUUUACCGGUCAUUACCGGUCCGGUCCGGUCAUUACCAACUCAAAAGCCCAACAAAUGUUUACGUAUAUAAGGAGUUCGCGGACGUGUCCGAUGAUCACGCGUUGGUGUGUGGUGGCGAGGAGUGCGACCUAUCGUGGAGACCUGAGACGACGCGUUACGCCGACUGCGCUCCAGCCCACAGGAUCUUACGUGACAUAUAUGCGCAAGAACAAACCAGUGAAAAUGGCGAUGUAAAGUCCAUUUCACGAAAGAAGUCCCGCGGACAAUUGUGGAACUAAAUUUGACAAAUGGGGAGUUCGGCCAUGUUGUCGUUUGUCGAUGUUAUCAAGGUGCGUUUGUUGUGGUAGAUAUUUUGUGAGUUUAUUAUUGGAUUAGUGCGUUAUAAGGUUUAUUUACGAUGCCAAAAGUUGUAAAAAGUGCAGGUCGAGAAAUGAUAUUGAAGGUGAAGAAGUUCUGUGAAGCGGAACAUAAGAAUCGUUUAAUACCAUUAGACAAUGUUCGCAAAAGAGUCGCCGCCAUGACAGGUGUGUCGGAGAAAACUGUAACGAGAGUUACAAAAGAAGGCGCAACAGCGGCGAGUACUUAGCGGCGAGUAUUUAGUUAUCAUCACCCCAGGGAAGAGUCGCCCGCAUCCCAAAAAAUUCGACUUGGAUGGAUUUCAUUUGUGCGCUAUACGGCAAAGAAUUCAUAGUUUUUAUGUUGUGAAAAAGGAAUUACCUACAUUGGCUAAAUUACGUGCAGCUUUGAGAGAAGACAUAAAUUAUCAAGGAAGUAUCACAACAUUGCACCGUAUAUUGCAUAGCAUCGGUUUCAAGUUUAAGCGAUGCCAAUCGAAACGUAAAUUACUAAUAAAACGUUAUGAUAUUACUGCAUGGCGUUCAAGAUAUUUGGAGAGAAUCCGAAGAAAUCGCAAUGUGGAAAAAA